AGUGCGCAACUGUCGAUAGUUUCGGUGUAUCUCUGAGGAGCGCGUCAACAGGUGAAUGUUUUCUCAGGUAAAACAGCAUCUCAGAUGAUGACGUAGUCUUUCCUGUUUAUGGUUCGUAAACGCCAGACUCCUAGAAACGUUAAUGGGACAUUUCACAGACAACCCCUGUUGCCAAAAUGAGAGUCUAUUCUCACAUAUGGCGGAUUUUGCGCAUAUUCUUGGCGACGGCGGUCACGCAAGAGAUGGACAGUCAAGAGAUCUCUGAUGCCACCAAACCCUUCACCCCAUAUCCUAUGUUCCUUCCUGUCAGUUACCAGGUGUGGGAUGCUGACUACUUCCUAUUAAAGGAGGCAGGACAGAACAUCAUGCGCAAUUCCAGCAUGCAAAGCCACACACAGCCAUUUGUUGUGCUGAGAUCGGGACGCCUCCCCAUGAUCAGUGCUACAUAUGGCCCACUCUCUACCAAACGGGAUAUUCCACUGGACUUAGUGCAAUCAGUGCAGUUAUUCUGCCCCUCACCGCCAGCUUUCUUUCUCAACUGGAGAGUCCAGUCCUUUGUCCUGACCCGCUGGGUCUAUUCCUUUUCUCCCAAAGUACGGAUGCUCUUCUACGUGGCUGGAAGGGACUGGGACAGAGGAGAGAAGGAGAAAGGUACUAAAGAUGAACUGCCAUGUGUGACUGUGUACGCAUUCUGGCAGACACAGGAGAUGCGAGGGUCCUGUGUUAUUGGAAAUGAGCAUGGGACCUGCAUGGCCGAGGUUGACCUUCCAGAGGGUUGGUUUAGCUCAGCUGAGGGUAGCUCCAGUCAAGAAGGACAAGGGCCCAGUCAGGGGAACUCUGUGGAGCUGUACUACCAGGCCCGACCCAGUGCAUAUGGCCCAUGCACUGGCGGUGGGAAGGAGGGUAAGAGGUGGGAUGUAGGGGGUGGAAAUCUUGGGCAGGCUGAGUACAUGCCCAUGACCCCCAUGCAAAGAAUCAGGAGUGUGCGGCUCCUGCAGGUCAAACAGGGGGCCACACCUGUGUCGGUGCUCAGACUGGGAGAGGCUGUGGUCAUCCAGACCUCCUCUAAACCACUUAAGAAAACGGAUAUCGCAUCCUUUUAUGUUUACAUGAGGAACUCUGCCAACCUGGACACCUUCUCUCUCAGGGCCAUGGUAAAAAAGGGUGUGUCCUUCCGCACAGCCACACCUAGCAACACAUUACUGUGGGACAUCACCCUGGACACAGGCCUGGAUGGAAGUGUUGGAGUAAUCUGUCAGAGAAAGUCAAGUGCAAAUGGGAAAAGAUUAAACAAACUCCAAGCCAUUCUACAGAUGGAUUUUGAAGUGGAAAACGUCAGCAGUCAAUCAGAGAUUCAAGUGAUAAAGUGGGAAUUGACGCUUCCUUAUGAUGUCAAAAUGAUGGGGGCAUCAGAGGGCACCAUGAGGAUCUACACCACUCAGAGGGACUUUGUAGGCCUGGCUCCUCUAGUUAUGGAUACAGAGCUGAUGAACACUGCUGUGCUGACCGGUAAGAGGGUUACAGUAGGCAUAAGAACCGUUGCUGUGGAACAGGAUGGUUCUGUGAUGGAUGUCUCUGACUUUGCGGACUGCAGCUCCACAGAUGACGAUGUUCUCAAGGUAUCUGACAGAUGCGACUUUGUCUAUGUAAAUGGAAAAGAAACCCAGGGACGAUUGCGGAUGCUGGUGAACUUCACCUACAGUUACCUGAGCGCCCAGCUGGAAAUGAAGGUAUGGUUUCCUCGUCUUCCAUUGGACAUCGAGUUGUCUGAUACAGAACUAAGUCAAAUCAAGAGCUGGAGGAUUCCCAUCAUGUCCACCAAAAGAUGCAAGGGAAUGUAUGGGAGAAGAGGUAUGGUGUGUCGGGAGACACAUGACAUUUUCCUGGGCUCUGACUGGCAGGUGGAUGUGACCAAGCUUGUGCGGUACUUCCUGAAGGUGGAUGAUGCUAACAUUGCCCAUCUGCAGGCAGGCAGGGUGCUUUCAGGACUAGAUGUGGGCACCACAUCAAUAAAGGUGCUUUCCCCUCUGUCAGAUGCUGUACUGGCAGAAAAGACCGUGAGGGUUUUGGAUGAUAGAGUGACCAUCACUGAACUGGGGCUGCAGUUGGUCAGUGGCCUCACUCUUAGCCUGCAGCUCAGCACAGGGAGUAACCGUGUCAUUAGCGCUACUGCGACCACACAGGAAGUGCUUGGCUAUCCUGAACAGGAGGCAGUGUUGAGCUCUUGGCUUCAAUUUAGCGAUGGCUCCCUCACCCCUUUGGAUAUUUAUGACUCUACUCACUACCGCCUGAUUGUGACAUCACUGGAUGAGGGCGUGAUCUCUGUGCAGGACUCGCCUAUUAGUGUUGUGGCAGAAGGUGAAGGCCAAGGAGCACUAGUGAGAGCCGAGAUGACCAUUUGUGAGGUCUGUCAAAAAUCCAAGCGCAAAAGCACUUUAGCUGUCGGCAGUGGCAGCUUAACGGUGAAGUUCCAGACAAACAGUAGAUGUCCUGAAAACAGUAGUAUCAACAAUAAUUGCAUCAACAGUGUUACAAACACUACUGGAAGCAGCUCAGGCAGCACAGGACUAUUUGCUGGUGUCACUGGGACAGAUAUCAGUGGUGAACGUGGUACUGAAGGAGAAGGAUUUUACACUAAGAAGAAGAUGCUGCAGCCAGAACAGGUUCCAAGCAGCAGUUCAGAGUCUGAGAAAUUGGAAAGUGCCUUGAUAAAGAUCACCACCACAGCCAAGUCGACAGCACGACACUCAACCGCUGGUAGCAUUGCGAAUGAUUUGGGAAUGGGACGUGCUAACGUCUAUUCAGAUGCUUCUGCCGGAGUCAGUAAACUAGGGAAUAUUUUAAAGAGUGGAAAUUUCUUUAGUACGGGUAAAGCAAGUAGCGAUGGUGGCACAGGAAUUUCUUGGAAUAGUAAUGAGGUUCCUGAGGGCUCAAUGUUAAGCACUGGAAAAACUUCUGGGAACUUAGUGAACUACAAUAACUACUCUCCACAAGUGGAAAUACCCAAUCAAGAGGCAAAAAACAAUGACUAUGAAGAUGAUGAUGAUGGUAUUGAGGGACCACUAUCUAACCGGCCUCUAACAGACUUGGAAAUAGGGAUGUACGCUUUACUUGGUGUCUUCUGCUUGGCGAUCAUAGCAUUUAUGGUCAACUGUGUGUCAUACUUAGCUAAAUUUCGGCAUAAGCAGACUCCCACUCAAGUUUCCGAGCACACUGGUCAUCGACAUGACUGGGUAUUGCUGGGAAUUGAUGCUGAGCUAAUUAUGAAUGUCACUGGAAGCCCAUUACAGCAGGAAGCUCACAACACUGCUGUAAUCGACACUGGACCAAGUACAGAACCUUGCGGAACUCACACUCGAAAGACUUCCUGCCAGGAGUCUUCAGUGUCAACUGACUCUAGUGCUGGGUGUGUAGGAACCCUUAGAGUAAAACCAAUCAGAAGUGAGUCCUUACACUCACCCACAAGUAAGAGGAAGAGGGUCCAGUUCACCACCUUCACAUCCUUGGACAGACAAAAUUCUCCCAAAAUAAUACCCCAAGAUAACUGUAAUGGCAUUAAUUGGGUGGGCAAGGAGGACAAUUGCAUGACACCUGAGGUGUCAGCUGCUGAGUCCUUGGAACUACUGUGAUUGCUGGUGCAAAUGCAGCCUAAAUGAUGCACCCAUAGAGUACAUCUCUAAAAGGUCACCUAAAUGCCUUCUUUGUUCUGGAUAAAGCACAUAAUUAAGGUCAAGACAAUCGGUACAGCUUCAUGACUCUCAAAUGGUCAAGGUUGUGACUUAUUUUCUUUAUUAUUAGGCUUAGGCCUACAAGAUGUAUUCUGUCUUAUUACGAAGCAUUAUAAAAUGGGGAGUCUUUUUUUAGGCAGCACCACACACAAACCACCUUGAGGUGGAUAGCCAAGUUCAAUUUUCAUGUUCCUUGAUGAGUUUUCAUUUGGGGAAUUUAACGAGAUUUCAAAAAAGAAAGAUUUAAAAGAGAAAAUUGUCAAUCUUUCACUUAAACCAAACACUCGGAUUGCACACUAUUGAACUAUAAUUUUUAAUCCACUGUAAGAAGUCACAGUCGACUUUUUGUUUGUUACUUCAUCUUUCCGUUUUUUAUACAAAAGUGCAUGUGAUUAAUGUAGUAGAUAAAGUUCACUUUGUUUAAAAAUAUUUUACCACCCUGCAUUUGUAUGUACAGUCUAAUUUGAAUGGUUUUGUUUUACAAAAAGACGAGGUCAUGUGUUCAGUGGUAUGUGCUACGAUGCAGAAGCCAUUAGAUUUAAUUUGAUUAGAAAUGAAAGGUGAAUUUUUAUGUUUUGUAAUAUUUAAUCUUUAAAUAUUUAAAUUGCAUUAAGCAAUAUUGGUAUGACAGGCUUUCAUGUUAGUAAAAGAUUUUGAGGUAAAUCCAAAUGUGCAGAUAAGUGAAAAUGAAUAGCACUGCUUAUAUACAUACGUAGUGCAUCUACAUUUCAGUUCAACCAGUUGUUAUAAGCCUUUGUGUUUUAUACUGUGUAAAAACAGAUUAUGAUCCAGAUGACUUGUCAGUUUCCAAAUCACCUAAAAUUAGGAUGAAAACAAUGACUUUAGAAUCACUUACUGGAACUGUUAGACCACCACCAAAAAGCGUACCUUUAGAUAUUCCGCUAUUCUAGCUUUAAAAUAUCACAAAUUCCAAAUGUGUUAAAUGCAAAUGUUUAUAUUUAAUUUAAUUGAGACAUUUAUAAAAUUAAAAGUGCAGGUACAUUAUGAAAAUAAUGUUUAAAAUACAAAUACUACUGUCUUAGCUACACAACCUUUAACAGAAUAAAUAUUUUAUCAUGCAAGUUAUAGCAAAACCUCCAAUAAAUAAACCCUUAAAUAAAGAUGCUUUUUAGAGAGAAAUUAAAUUCAAAGCAGAGCAAAAGUGUCCAGUAGAACAAUCUUAUGUUACAUUUAUAGUAAAGACAGCAACACUGUUCCUCAUUUGGGCUAUUGAAAAGUAUGCUUUUUCAUGGAAUCAGAGGUUUAACCUGUACAAUGAUGAUGCCAGUAAUCUGAUAUGACAAAUGCAUUCACGGUGUAAAUAUAUAUGAGCAUUUGAAAUAGAUUGCCACAUUAUUUUCACCGGUUUUUGGCAACUUAAUCAGCUUAUGGCUGAUUUAAGAUAAAAGCUUCCCUUUAUUCUUUUGGACUGGCCUUAAAAUGUUUUAAAAAUGUUAAAGCUAGUAAAAAUAAAGUACAGUAAAAACUUAAAUGUCCCUUUCAUUCCUGGUACUACAUAAGUAAUCAGUAUAACCCUGUGUGGUUGCUGAAAACCAUAACAAAAUAAAAUUUUCUUGUUUAUCCUAUUCCAGACACAAAGGCCACAAUUAUCUUGGCAGUCUUUGCAGAGGCUUGAAUUUUCAAAUGAAAAAUACAUUUGCCUACUCAUAAUCUCUAUUAAGUAAGAGCAUAAGUCUCUUAAGUUGUAAAAGACUUGGGACAAACAAUGAUCCCAUUGCACCAUCAAUGAAGUGUCUUUACCAACUGUUGGUAGGCUGCUCUCACUUUCAUUGGGUUGUGGCAUGUUGCAAUGUAAUUCUUUCCAUUUCUCACCACUCAUUCCUGGAGCUUGCGAUCAUCCAGAAGUUUCUUGGACAUACUUACAAAUUCCUGCAGAAACAAGAACAUUGAACAGUAUGUUAAGGCUUAAGAUGUCAAGGCUGAAAGUUUUUUAAUUUCCAGUGGCCCCUUCCUCUUGAGUUAUGGUUGUUAGAUUUACUUUGGAUUUAGGCAACAGUGAUUCUUAAUGACAUCCUUAAUGUCACUCACAUUUCUGAAAUGGAAGGUCACUUCCGAACAAUGGCAAAUAACUACUCAUUUAUACUUCGACAUCUCCAAUUAAUUGUGGCAGCUGUCCAGUCUCAAUGUGCUGUGCCAGUCAGCUUCCUCUGUAUCUUGACUAUUGCACAUUCUCAUUCCAAGUCUAAAUGUUUAAGAGAUGCAAACACUGCUGUCUUCUCAAGAUCAGGGAGAUAAAUUGGAAAAUAUGAAGAAAUUAUACCCAGUGUGGAGGGUUUCCUGUUGAGGGCUUCUAGGGACAGCAGAUAGAUCCUAUGUUCCCAUUAUGACCACACCACCUAAGUGAUUUGGGACUGUUGUUAACAGAGAUUCCUUUAAAAUAAAGUGUUCACUGUACUAUGAAAACAUAAUAAAACAACUCAAAUCUUCCUUCACAGUCCAAAAAGACCAUUUAUUGAAAUUAAACUGGAAAAACAACUUGUUCUGGGUUUAUGUUUUAACAAGGUCCCUGAUCAUUUCAGUCUGAUCUUAACAGUUUGUGCAGCACAUUUCAGCACAGAUUUAUUUUGUUAACCUGUCACAUUUAAUGCAGGCUUUGCAAAGAGACUGUUUUUGAAGGAUGGGGCAGGGCAAACUAUAUUGAACUCAACAGCAAGCAUGCAGCCCAUGAGUAAGAGUAGCAAAGCGCUGCUAUUCAUUCACAUGUGAAGUGGGCAUUUACACAACAGUCUUAAAAGUCCAUCAACAAAAAAAUUCACGGGUUUCAAUUUAAGGGUGGAAAAUGGCCAUGAAAAACUAAAUUAUGACCUAACUUAUGGUCUUUUUUGUUUUUUUCCACAUAGUUGAGACCCAAAGGCCAUGAUUUACAAAGCGGCCAUAUCUUCAUCACAAGUGCAUGUGUGACAUUGCCUCCUUUCAAUCUGACUUAAAAGACCUUCAGCUCCCAUUGACCCCCUGCGAUUUUCUCUUGUCCACGGGUAUAAUGAGAGUCAUGUUGAAGUUGGCCUCUUGCUGAUGAGAUAGGCAGGAUGUAACUUCACUUUCAGCUCAGCAGGAUACCAAAAGCCAAGAGAAAAAUGCAAGUGAAACAGUUUUAGUGUGAAAUGAAAGAGUCGUCCACAACAUGAGACCUCAGCCCUUGACACAAUACCAUAAUGAAAUCAGAGUACAAAUGACUGCAUUUGUCGGAGACUUGCCUAGAGUGUAGUGCAAGUACAUUUCAUCCAUGUAACAAUUUAUUGGUCCGUUGUAUUUAGCAAGAGACUGAAGAUCUUAUACAAGAGCUCCUAGCGCUGAGACAAGCCAGAGCAUAUACUCUAUUAUAACAGGAGCUAUAAGACAUCUCUUUGGAAUAUGUGGCUGCAUUCUGCAGUCAAAUAUUUUUGUUUAAUGACUGCUAUACUUUAUAACUGACCAUUUUUUCUGGUUAUAAUGCAGAUUCCAUUAUACAGAUUUGCUCUGUAUAACUUCAGGUUGAUCAAACCCUUCCAAUCUGAGCAUGCUACACAUCUCCACUGCAAAAAAAGGAUUUUUAAGACAAUAAUUCUUUUCUUGUUUCCCAGUAAAAUUAUCUAAACAUUAUUAUACCUUGAUUUUUUUACUUGACAAGCAAAUUUCCUUAAGAUUUUAAGUCUUGUUUUGAGAGAAAUCUAACCAGAUCUAGUAAGAUAAAUGCUUAAAACAAGAAAAAACAGUUUGACAAUGGGGUAUGAAAAAUAAACUUAAUUCAAAGGGAAAACGUCUGGUUACUUGUGUAACCUCUGUUCCCUGAUGGAGGGAACAAGACGUGUCGAUGUAGUGACACUAGGGGUCACUCUUGGGAGCCCGAGACACCUCUGGUCUUUGAUAAAAGGCCAAUGAAAAUUGGCGAGUGGUAUUUGCAUGCCACUCCCCCGGACAUACGGGUAUAAAAGGAGCUGGUAUGGAACCACUCAUUCAGGUUUUAUGCUGAGGAGCCGAUAUAAGGUCCGGCCAUUUCAGCGGGUAGUUCAGCAUUGUGGCAGGAGGGACACAAUGUCUCGUUCCACAAGUAACCAUGACAUUUCCUAUCUGUCACUCACUAGACGUUGUGUCGAUGUAGUGACACUAGGGGUCCCUAUAUGAAACGCCACAGUUGGCCGAACUGUGUUACGUGAACUGGUGGUUUGUGGUGGGCAGACUACUGUGUGCCUCAUAGCCAGCACACCAGGUCGACACGUAACCUCCCCCAACAUAUUUAUGAGUGUCGAACGGCCCUUUUUGGGGACAAGUUGACUACCCAAGAGAUAGAGACAGGCUUAACCCAGUCGUGCCCUCUUUUCCCCUUCUCUUUUUUCCACUCCCUAAAAAAGAAGGGGGAUUAUCCGACUGGGCCGCCAGGUCUAGUCGGGGGGUGUCCCUCCCAAGGGGAAGACACAGCGGAGACCACACCUCGCCCAAAGAGAUGGGGGGAUAUUUAAGUGGAAGGAUACAUCACAUGGUCUUUCCAACCAUGUGGAGAGUCUUCAAGGUAGAUCCUGCCCAAUGGGGGAGGAGUUACUACAGACAUGGAGACUGGGGCAGAGGGGCUCUGCCCAAGGAAGACGCAGUUUGCCAACAGGGAAACGAAUUAGCGGAAGAUAUAUAUCGCAUUGGGUUAGCCUUACAGGGAACCACCACAUGCGGAGCACCUACCCCAGAACAGGACUCUUAGUUAGGACGUGUACUGGGCCGGCAGCGAAUCUCUCCGAAAACUCGACUGCCACAAGGCUCGGAGGAAGUCAACCAGGGAACAAACUUGUGAACACUACUGGGAAUUAAUGGCGCACGUCUUGAGCUCAAAAGGAGGUGGAAGGCACUAUGUGCAAGCGAUACACCCGGCCGGCUAUCCCGGGCUUAUCCACUUGUGUUGCGUGCCACUACCUGGGAUGAAACCGGUUUCACCCAGAGGUUGUAGAACCUUGCAAAGGUGUUGGGUGUUGCCCAGCCCGCUGCUCUGCAAAUGUCUGUUAGAGAGGCACCCCUGGCCAGAGUCCAGGAAGCCGCUACACCCCUGGUAGAAUGAGCUCGUAGCCCUACCCGGGGCGGCAUGUCCUGGGCGUGAUAUGCCAUAGUUAUGGCGUCAAUGAGUGCUGACUUGGCUGACUGCAAAGGCACAAAGGGGGCUCUCUGUAGACCCUGAAGAACUACAGAGAGGUCCCAUGAGGGAACGAGGCGCGGUCUGGAGGGAUUCAGCCUCCUGGCGCCUCUUAGGAACCUGAUGAUCAGGUCAUGCUUCCCUAAGGACUUACCGUCGACUGCGUUGUGGUGUGCUGCUAUGGCAGCAACGUACAACUUCAAGGUGGAAGGGGACAGCCUCCCUUCCAACCUCUCCUGCAGGAAGGAAAGCACUGAUCCGAACAGACGCCACUUAAAGGCAUACAUGCCUCUCGUAGAGGGGGCCCUAGCCUGAGUGAUCGUGUCUACCACCGCAGGUGCUUAGGUCUUCCGCAUCCCGUCCAGGGGCCAGACAUGGAGAUUCCAGAUGUCUGGUCAUGGGUGCCAGAGGGUGCCCCCUCCCUGAGAAAGAAGGUCCUUCCUCAGGGGAAUUUGCCAGGGGGGAGCUGUCGCGAGGAGCAUGAUGUCCGAGAACCAUGUCUGGGUGGGCCAGUAGGGUGCUACCAGGAUGACCUGCUCCUCGUCCUCCCUGAACUUGCACAGGGUCUGUGCAAGUAGGCUCACUGGGGGAAACGCAUAUUUGCGUAGGCCAGGGGGCCAGCUCUGUCCCAGCGCGUCUAUGCCGAGGGGAGCCUCAAUGAAGGCGUACCAGAGCGGGCAGUGGGAGGAUUCUUGGGAGGCGAACAGGUCCACCUGUGCCUAUCCGAAUCGACUCCAAAUCAUCCGGACCACCUGAGGGUGGAGUCUCCAGUCUCCCCAGAGGGUAACCUGCCAUGACAGCGUGUCCGCUGUAGUGUUGAGGUUGCCCGGGAUGUGAGUGGCUCGCAGCGACUUAAAGUGCUGCUGACUCCAGAGGAGGAGACGGCGGGCGAGUUGUGACAUACAACGAGAGUGCAGACCGCCUUGGUGGAUGACAUAUGCUACCGUUGCCGUGUUGUCUGUCCGAACUAACACGUGCUUGCCCUGGAUCAAUGGCCGGAACCUCCGUAGGGCGAGCAGAAUUGCCAACAACUCGAGGCAGUUGAUGUGCCAAUGCAGUCGCAUUGUCCAAAAAGUCCAAGAGCAUCCCAUGCGUAGCUUUCGUGCAGAAGAAUGCAAAUUGUCUGCCAGUAUUUUCUGAUAACAUGCUGCAUUCAUUUGCCAUCAAUUUUCACAAGAUUCCCUGUGCCUUUAGAGCUCAUACACCCUCAAAACAUCAGUGAGCCACCACCAUGCUUCACAGUGGGGAUGGUAUUCUUUUCACUAUAGGCCUUGUUGACCCCUCUCCAAACAUAGCGCUUAUGGUUGUGACCAUAAAGCUCUAUUUUGGUCUCGUCAUUCCAAAUUACAGUGGGCCAGAAGCUGUGAGGCGUGUCAAGGUGUUGUCGGGCAUAUUGUAACCGGGCUUUUUUGUGGCAUUCACGCAGUAAAGGCUUCUUUCUGGCAACUCAACCAUGCAGCUAAUUUUUGUUAAAAUAUUGUCGUAUUGUGCUCCUUGAAACAACCACAACAUCUUUUUCCAGAGCAGCCUGUAUUUCUCCUGAGGUUACCUGUGGGUUUUUCUUUGUAUCCCAAACAAUUCUUCUGCCAGUUGUGGCUGAAAACUUUCUUGGUCUACCUGACCUUGGCUUGGUAUCAAGAGAUCCCCAAAUUUUCCACUUCUUAAUAAGUAAUUGAACAGUACUGACUGACAUUUUCAAGGCUUUGGAUAUCUUUUUAUAUCCUUUUCCAUCUUUAUAAAGUUCCAUUACCUUGUUACGCAGGUCUUUUGACACUUCUUUACUGCUCCCCAUGGCUCAGUAUCUAGCCUGCUCAGUGCAUCCACGUGAGAGCUAACAAACUCAUUGACUAUUUAUACACAGGCACUAAUUGCAAUUUUAAAAGCCACAGGUGUGGGAAAUUAACCUUUAAUUGCCAUUUAAACCUGUGUGUGUCACCUUGUGUGUCUGUAACAAGGCCAAAUGUUCAAGGGUAUGUAAACUUUUGAUCAGGGCCAUUUGGGUGAUUUCUGUUAUCAUUAUGAUUUAAAAAAGGAGCCAAACAACUAUGUGAUGAUAAAUGGCUUCAUAUGAUCACUAUCCUUAAAUAAAAGACAGAUUUUUUUUGCAUGAUCAGUCACAUUUCACAAUUUCUGCCAGGGUAUGCAAACUUCUGAGCACAAAUGUAUAUAUAUACUAACGUGCAUUACAUAAUCAAAUUACUUAACGAGUAAAGCAAUAUUUUUUUUAUUUAUUUAUUUUUUAUUUUAGACCAUAAAAUCGGAGUUACUUUUUAAAUAAAGUAACGCGUUGCUUUUAUACACCUCUACUUUCCGUAUUGCGAGAAAUCAGGAGUAAAAGUGUGCAAACUUUGGGGAGGAGACAUAGUACAUGAUGGGCGUAGUUUUAUAGAGUGUGAGGCUUGCCUACUAGAGAUGCAUAGACAAUGAUGUUGUAGUAUGUGUGCACAUGAUGGGUAUUGUAGUUCUAGAGCAUAUGAGCCAAGCUUAUCAGUGAUGGACAGAGCACAAUAAGUCUUCUUUUAGCCCACUUUGAGAUUUAUGUUUUAAAAACUGCAAAAUAUUGCUGUUAAAGGAAUGUAAAUCUGAACGCUUCAGUGGAAUCCAGUUGUACUCAUCAUUUGCAGCCGUGGAUAUGUUGUGCGCUGGAGCUUGCAUGUGCAGCCAUCAAAACCUUUUCCGUUGUCAAGACAAUCACACCUAGAACUAAGAAAUGUUGUAAGUGAAACUUUGCUUUUUUCGUGACUGAUUCAUGUACGCUGCAUUUAAAAGUAUGUAAACGGAGAAGUCUUCCCGUGGUCACGGCAUGAUUAUACAGUUACAUACAAUGUGGAAUGAUUGCUGACUGUUUGUGCAUCCAAAAUUCCGAAUAGCUUUGUUUUAAAACUGCCCAUUACCACUGCUCUAGGAUCAGUUGGCAUCCAAAUUGCUCCAUGUUAAAGCAUUUAACAUUAAUUUGUAAAUACACACUGCAUUAAAAAAUCAGUAUAUUUCUUUAGGCAGAGGGAUUAUAAAACUAUAGUCUUCCACUGGACAUGAUAUACAGGGUGAAAUACUUGCUCAAUUCACUGACUUACUGUAUGCAUGGACAGCUACCCGUAACUGGGAAAAUGGGAUGUGAAAAGCACAUGAUGACGUAUAUGAUGCAGGUUCAAGUGUUGGACUUUGCUGCUUUGGGUAAGACAGUGGUUAUUCUUCUUUAUUCACAUUGGCUGCCAUGUUGAAAGAAAAACAAAUCAUGCUUAUGUUAUUGAUUCUUUAUUGUAAAUAUGACAUGAAGACCUACUGAUUGUAGACUUUCUAAAUAUCUGUUUGUUUACUAUGUUGUUUUGACAUGUGUGUUGUACAGUAGCUAGCAUGACCUGUAAUGUCUCUUGUAUGCAGUGCAUGGCUUAUUUGUAUGGAAUGCAUAGCAUAGUAGAAAAGAAAGUGUCUGUGAAAAAAAAAGUUAAUAAAAAAAAAAAGUUACUUUAAGGAGUAACACAAUAUUCUAACAAAUUACUUUUAAAAGUAAUGUUACCCAACACUUGUCAUGGUUUUAAGUGUUUUUGUUCAUGUCUUUUAUUUUGGUAAUAAAAAUAAUUACCAUGUUUGUUGCAGUUUCAUUGUCAUUUGAUCUUGUCAUGUGUUUCCAAUGUUCUUGUGUCUUGUCUCCAUUGGUUCAUUGUUUCAUUAGCUUGUUAGCAGUCUCGUUAUCUUGUUUAAGUUCUGUGUGUUCAUUGGUUAUCACUGUCAUGUGUUCUCCCAAGUCCAAGUAUUUGCCAUUGUUGAGUAUUGUGAAUGUAUAGUUGUUGGUGUACAGCAUUCCAUGUUAAGUUUUUAGU